AGUAGGGGCUGUGGCGGUUCGCAGGGACCUGGCUGCGGCGGCUGCGGUGGCUGUGGGGUUGUUGAGAAACUACUAAAGUUUCUGUGGAAGCAAAGUAGAGUUUCAUAAGAACAUAAUGGAUGGAGAGGAGAAAACGUAUGGUGGCUGUGAAGGCCCUGAUGCCAUCUAUGUCAAGUUGAUAUCUUCUGAUGGUCAUGAAUUUAUUGUAAAAAGAGAACAUGCACUAACAUCAGGAACAAUUAAAGCCAUGUUGAGUGGCCCAGGUCAGUUUGCUGAAAACGAAACCAAUGAGUUCAGUUUUAGAGAGAUCCCUUCACAUGUGCUACCAAAAGUAUGCAUGUAUUUUACCUACAAGGUUCGCUACACUAACAGCUCCACCGAGAUUCCCGAAUUCCCAAUUGCACCUGAAAUCGCCUGGAACUGCUGA